GAUAGCCCGAAUGGUGGGUGACAAGGUGGGCGUGGGGUCUCAGAGGGACUCAGGUGUGCUGCUGCACAGGGAAUACGGCAGCCUGUCAUCUCUGGAGAGGCAAAGUCAGAUCCAGGAGCCGAGCGCAGACGGCCAGGGGCCCCUGAGUCCAAACGCACUCCGCUUCAAAGACCCCUUUCUGCUUUUAGGAUUGAAGGAAACCCCUCCAGAGCCUGACGGCUUCUUUCGAGGUUUGUCUGCUUCCACAGGGGACUCCCACAAACCUGAUAAACCACCAAAGCCUGAGGGUCUGAGUAAAAAGUCUAAAUCCACGCCCCCUCAAGUCCCUCAACCUGUUCCGUUUGACAACCUUGGAGGUGGAGCGUGGGUGAGGAACUUUGCCCACUACGAUGUUCAGAGCAUCCUGUUUGACCUCACGGAGGUGGCCACAAAUAGAGACAGCAUCGGACGCAAAAAGAAUAUCACCUCCGGGGCUUCAGCUGCUUCCCAGCUUCGCCCACCCUCCCAGUCCACCCCAUCCUUGCCCGCACAGGGUGGGAGCAGCAAUGGGGGGAACACCGAUGACCCCGAGCAGUCACUGCUGCUGGAUGAAGGCGACGGCAACGACAACGAGCUCCUCCUCAGCUGCCCCCACUUCCGCAACGAGACAGGAGGAGAGGAGCAGGUCGGUCUGGGUCAGUCCUCUGGAAAGAGGGGGCUCUGGUCAAGCCUGCGAACCCCCAAUGAUGCCGUUUCUGUCCUGGAGGAGCCCAGAGAGAGUCACGUCCAGCUGCAGGGCAAGAGCAACUACUUCAUCGAGCACGCCGAUCUGGGAGCUCAUUACUACCGCAAAUAUUUCUACAUGAAAGAACACCAGAAUUUCUUUGGGAUUGACGAUCGCCUCGGUCCAGUGGCCAUCAGCUUCCGACGGGAGGAGAAGGAAGGGUCCAGUGGAGCUCAGUACAACUACAGGAUCAUCUUUCGAACCACAGAGAUGAAAACUCUGCGAGGCUCCAUCUUGGAGGAGUCGGUGCCUUCAGCUGCCCGUCACACCACCCCCCGAGGUCUGUCUCCCAAACGGCUGCUGGAGUUCAUCAUGCCUGAGCUCAACCUGCACUGUCUGCGCUUGGCCUCGAACUCCCCGAAGGUCCGGGACACCCUGCUGAAACUGGAUGAACAGGGGCUAAACUUUCAGAGGAAGGUUGGUGUGAUGUACUGCCGCGCCGGGCAGAGCUCCGAGGAAGACAUGUACAACAACGAGAGCUCCGGGCCGGCGUUCGAGGAGUUUCUGGAUCUGCUCGGAGAGCGGGUGCGACUGAAGGGCUGGGAGAGAUACCGAGCUCAGCUGGAUAACAAGACGGACUCCACUGGAACGCAUUCCCUCUACACACGCUACCAGGACUACGAGAUCAUGUUUCACGUGUCCACCAUGCUCCCCUACACCGCCAACAACACACAGCAGCUGCUGAGGAAGCGACACAUCGGUAACGACAUCGUGACAAUCGUGUUCCAGGAGCCGGGCGCUCUUCCGUUCACUCCCAAGUCCAUCCGCUCCCAUUUCCAGCACGUCUUCAUCAUUGUCCAGGUCCACGAGCCUGGCACUGAAAACGCACAUUACAGGGUGGCUGUGACACGCUCUAAAGACAUCCCAUUAUUUGGCCCCCUGUUCCCAAAGGGUGCACGGUUCCCUCGCUCGCCCGCCUUCAGAGACUUCCUCCUGGCAAAAGUAGUGAACGCCGAAAACGCUGCCGAGAAGUCGGAGAAGUUCCGCUCCAUGGCCACCCGCACGAGGCAGGAGUACCUGAAGGACCUGGCUGAGAACUACGUGACCACCACACCCAUUGACUCCUCCACCAAGUUCCCCCUGCUCUCUCUGGGUGGCAAGCGGAAAGACAAAAUGAAGGGCACCAAGGGAGCCGAGCUGCACAGCGCCGGGGCGCUGGUGUGGGCAGUGGUGGUCAACAGAGAAGAUGAAUGGGAGGCGGGGGAGCCGGCGCUCCCCUGUCUGCUGGGGGUGUCGGCGGAGUCUGUAGUGCUCAUCGAGAGGUGCAGCCGCAGGGUGGUGUUUAACUGUUCCUGCCGGGACGUUAUCGGCUGGAAGGCAGUGACUGGGCCUAAAGAGGGGGGGCCUUGCUUGGAUAUUUUCUACGAGCGUGGGGAGUCGGUGUCGAUCAGUGUGUUGGAGAGCCAAGCAGAGGACAUAAAGGAGGUGGUGCAACGGCUUGAGCUCGUUACGCGAGGCUGCGAGGCCCUGGAGGUCAUCCCCCUGCGGGACGGCGUGGGGCAGCCCGGCUUCCUGAUGAACGAGGAAGGCUUCGUGACGGAGCUGCAGAGGUUCUGCUACGCCGAGAGCGGCGGCCUGCAGCUCUGGGCUCGCGUGGUGAGGCUGUGUGGACACUCCCUGGUUCAUCUGAGCUCAGAGGAGAGGACCAGGGUUCUCCGCACCGCGCACAAGAUCCACAUCACCGUCAUUCCACCGGACGAGAACGGCAAACCUCGCAGAAGUUUCUCCGAGUUGUACCAGAAGGCCAUUAAGGAUGCAGAAUGCAAGCCCGGCGAGGCCCAUUUGGGAGAGGCCUGGGUGGUGGAUGAGAGGGAAGAAGGGAGGGAGGAAGAGGAGGAGCGGGAGAAAGAAGAGGACCUGAAGGCAGAUGGGGUCGGUGAGGUGGAGCUCAUGGAGGUUCAGGUGGAGACGGACGGGGGUGAAGAACAGACUUGUGAUAAAGGUCCAAACGAGGAGACAUACUCGCUCAUCACGCUGCCCACUUUACCGUUACUGAGGGCCACGUCUCUGCAGGAGCCCCCAGCCAAUCAGAACCAGGGGAGCGGCUCCCCACAGCUCCCUCGCAGCCUCUCUCUGGAGAGACAGCUGUCCUUCACUGAUACAUGUGACGGACACGUGUAUGACAACGUGGGGAUGAAAGUGGGCCAGCACAUCUACGAGAACGUCAGGGAGCUGAGGGACGCCACGCCCGAUCUGAUUCUGGCUGUCAAACCCAAGGUUCCCGCGGAGGACCUGCAGUUCACAGGAACCGAGUUUGAUGGUGACAAAGCUUCAGUGAGCGACUCCUCCCUCUCGUCGACCCGACUGUCGAGCGUUGACCGAGCUGAAAGAAACUCACGCGCCCUGAGCCUCCACAACUCCAUCACCAAGAUUCUCUCUGAGACGACAGACUCGACCGAGGAGGAGUGGCAGUCCAUCGCUGACCUGGCGACGGCCUGCCGCAGCAUCCUGGAGGCUCUGUCACGAGAGGACCGAAAAGCUGGAGACCCGUCUCAGGCAGGACCGGACCAGACUGAUGGCAAGCUAAAGGACUUCAAGGACAGCGACUCUCCCGGCCACCUCGAGGAGAAGGUGUCGCAGCUGGAGGCCAUGCUGAAGAAGCUGCAAGACGACCUGCAAAAGGAGAAGGAGGACAAGGCGGUGCUGCAGGCCGAGGUGCAGAGCCUCAGGCAGAACAACCAGCGGCUGCAGGAGGAGUCGCAGAGUACAGUGGCCCGCCUCAUCAAAGUCACUGAGCUGCUGUGCAACGUCAACAAGCCCUGUUAGCCGCCUCGCUGCAAAGAAAACCAUGCAAACCCUGCAGUGCACUUCAACACCCCUAGUUCUGAUCAAAAGUACUCAACUACCACGGUCUCUGUCCUGAAGCGUGAAGCCUUCCUGCUGGAUGAAAAAACCCAAAAAGAGAAAGAUAAAAAUGUUUAAUGAGCAUCCCAUGAUUCACAGACGGACCAGCACAGGCGGCUGUCUGGGCGCGCUGUGCCAGAGCGCUUUACAGAUGUGUGUGUGUGUGUGUGUGUGCUUCAAAUACUUGACCAGCCCUGCUGAGUAGCACUAUAAGAAGUGGCAAUUAAUUAUAAGAGACACUGUACAGCAUGUGUUACGGUGUCUUCUUAUGAAAUGACCAAAAGUGUACCUAUCUAUGAAGCAGAUCCAGUAUCAGCAGUAGUGUAUGUGAACGGUAGUGUCGCUUUUCUUCUGUCGAACGUGUAGUGUCCGAGUGUGGUUCGUACGGUGGAAGGCCGGAAAAUGUGAAACAAAAAGGGGGUAAAAGUGACAUUUGCAAGCCUGUGGGCAGCUUUCUACUUGAAAAGAUGUUACUGAUGCUCACUGACCCGCCUCAGAGCGAGGACUGU